AUAUGCAUCAAACCUACUAUCACAGCACCGUGACGAUCGUGGUCAUCUCGAUCUCCAUGAUCGGAUUGUAUGCGCAUGUAAAUACGUCGAAAGACCAUUUUGAUGAGACUCCGCAGGGCUUAUCUUCUUGUGAAGAGCUGCGGGAACCACCACUAAGAGGGACUCUUUAUCUGCUUUUUUUAACAUUGGUUUUAGGUGGGUUACAACUUACAUGGUCUAUUGAAUUGGGGUAUGGUACUCCAUAUUUGCUUUCACUGGGAUUGACUAAGCACUACACCUCUUUUGUAUGGAUCGCAGCACCAUUGACGGGAACUAUUAUGCAGCCCUUGAUUGGGUUUUUUUCUGACCGUUCAAGAAGUAGAUUUGGUAGACGACGUCCAUUUCUUGUAAUUGGAACAUUAUGCGUUGUGAUUAGUUUGAUAGGAUUGGCGUAUUUUAAAGAUGUAGCAUUUUUCUUUUUUUCAGGACAUGAAAAAGUAGCAAGAACUGUGACGAUUAUUAUAUCUAUUGCGAUUGUUUAUCUUCUUGAUUUUUCUAUUAAUAUUGUUCAAGCAAGUAGUCGAGCAUUAAUUAUUGAUAUGGUGCCUAUUAUUCAACAGGAUUUGGCAAAUGCGUGGGCUAGUCGUAUGAUAGGAAUUUUCAAUGUAGUUGGAUAUUUAAAUGGAUAUUUAAAUUUACCAAAGAUUGCUCCUGUUUUAGGGAAUACGGAAUUUAAAGCUCUUAGUCUUAUUGGCUCAAUUAUAUUAGUUAUUUGUACGGCUGUUACUUUUUUUACUGCAAAGGAAAAGCGUUAUUUUAUAGAAAGAGGGUGUGAUUUUGAAAAGAUACCUUGGUGGAUGGGGUUGUUUAAUUUCUUGAAAAUGAUAUUUUCUACUAUUAUAUCUCUUCCGUCAGAAAUUCUUUGGAUAUGUAUAAUUCAAUUUUUUGCAUGGAUUGGAUGGUUUCCAAUUCUUUUUUAUGGAACAACAUAUGUAGCUGAAAUAUACGCUGGAAAAUAUUGUAAUAAGUAUUCAAAAUAUCCAGAUAGUUUAUAUAGUCUGGAGAAAGAAUAUUUAUUAAUAGAAGAAGCUACUCGAUAUGGAUCUUUUGCUUUUCUACUUUUUUCUAUUAUUUCUUUAUUUGGGACAUUUUUCUUUCCUUUAUUUAUUUCUGAGAAAAAACUAUUUAAAUAUAUUUUCAAUGCAAAAUGUUUCAGCAUUUUAGAAAAAAUAAACAUUCACUUUUUAUGGACUUUUGGUCAUUUUAUUUUUAGUUUAUGCAUGCUUUCAACCAUACUUGUAAGAACAACAACUCAAGCAGUCGUCAUUAUAGCUCUAUGUGGUCUUAGUUGGGCUAUUACUCUUUGGGCACCUUUUUCACUUAUUGCUAUUGAGCUUUCUUCCAAUAACGAAUUGCAUCGAUCCGGAACCAUUCUUGGUGUUCAUAAUAUAUUUAUUACUAUACCACAAGUAUUAAGCAUUAUUAUGGUUGGAAUUAUUUUUAAGCUAACUGGCUAUAAAAAAUUUGAAGAUAUUAUAAGAUGUAAAGAUAAUAUGGAUUAUAGUUUUAUUUGGAUUUUUCAAAUAAGUGGUAUUUCUGCGCUUAUAGCUAUGUAUCUUACUUUUAAACUCUAUACUAAUGAUUCCUCUUAUGAACGUCAUGGAAUUUAAUAAAGUCUUUAUUAAUUUAAUUCUUUUAUUUUAUAUAUUUCUUCUGGAUACACGUGACA